UUAUGUCUAGUCCUAAUUUUAGAUUAGUCAGUCACGGUUCACGCAAAUUUCAAUAUAAGUUGAUAAGUCAAGCCAACAAAAUUUUAUUUAGUAGUAUUUGGCAACUUCUAAACGACUAUAAAAAUGUUGAGGUUUUUCAUCCAAAUUUUCAAUGCUUUCAAUCACAUUUUUUGUGAAAUAUCAAAAGAAUUUUAUGUGGGGGAUGUCAUAUGCAUAUUAUUGAUGAUAAUAUUUCGUGCUAGCGUUUCAUACUUUCAAUAUGUCCUUAUUUUAUUGUAUAUUUAUAAUCUCAGUAAGUCAAAAUGAAUUUUACAAUACAAUACUAAAAUUGAGUAAGUUAGGAUUUGGCAAUAUAUGUUCCAAGCGUACCGUACCAGUGUGUGUUAUAGCGAUAUCUCGCAAUGUAUAUUUAACUUAUCCUAAUUUUGUUUUCACAACAUUGGCGGCGUUUUCAGUGAUUUUUCUGCAUCCAUGUAGACUUGUACUUAGUGAUUUGCAUCAACCGCAGGAAGAUCGAACGAACUUCGAGUACGGACAAGUCACGCAACGUUAUGUCGCUCAGCAGCCGCAGCGAAAACGCGGCAACUCAGCCCAACGCCGGGGAUUGGGAUGUACUUUCUUUGCAUUCAGAUGAGGACGAACUUGAAAGAAAUUCUCAUUUAAAUGUUGGCAAGAGAGCUUCUGCUUCUUUUGAUAAAGAUAGUCAGGGUCAUAAGUCACCCAGAAAAUCUGGUAGAGACUCAGACCGCUCAUUUUCACGUAAAGUAUGGAAGGUUUUUAGAACUCAAAAUUCAACUCCACCUGGUGGAAAAGUUUCUCCACAAAACGAUGAGAAUGAACGAGGGGGUCCGAGCCCUGUGAGGAAAGCAUUUUCUCGGAAUCGAAGUGAUGAAAUAGCCAUGAAAGCAUUUCCAGAUCAUAGGGACAAGGUCACACCUUUAUCAGAACACAAAACAGCUUCUAUAAAAUCAAAUGAAUAUAACACGACACACUACUCGAAUCCCGCAUAUAUCCCAUCCAGAGAAGACGAAGAUUACAAUAGUGUACGUGGAAGCAAACGACGGUCUUAUGAAGCCCCAAUAUAUUCGGUAAACUCGGCUGGACGUCCGAUUCCUAUUACAAUUGAGGAAUCAGAAAACGAAGAUGAAGACACGGACUAUGAUACUUCACCCGAAACCGCUGAUUCGGAUGAUUCUCCGAUGCCAACAGCGUCCAAAAUAUUUUUGCGAUCGGGUUUUUGCUGCUGCAAUGAAGACAAUGACACAACUUUUACCGAAGCUGCUAAAGGGAAACUAGCUACCUGGUGGAGGCGAACAUACAAACCAGAUUCUAACGGAAUAUUCUUAUGGCUAUGCGUUGUUACAACAGCAUUCUUAUAUAAUAUCUGGACUAUACCACUACGAGCAACUUAUUUAUCAGAAAUACAAUCAUCAUGGAAAGAUAUCUGGUUUACAUUUGAUGCACUGUGUGAUCUUAUUUUUGUUGUUGAUAUUUUCAUCAAGUUCCGAACAUGUUAUAUAAAAAGCGGAGUUUUUGUAUCUGAUUUGCAGCAAUUGAAUCGUCAUCAUCGUAAAGAAUGGACACUUUUUCUUGAUAUUCUUGCAAUACUUCCUACAGAUUUAUUAUUCAUUCACAGCAUAAAUCCAUACUUUCGUCUGAAUCGACUAUUUAAAAUAUAUAGAGUAUUCACUUUUUAUCAAUGUGGGGAGUUGAGCACGUGGAUGCCAAACUUAUGGAGAACACUCAAUUUAUUCCACGUAUUUCUUGUGGUUAUUCAUUACAAUGCCUGCUUUUAUUACGCAUUGUCGGAAUCAAAUGGGUUUGGUACCACACUGACAAGUUGGCCGUACCCUGACCCAACGUACUUUCCAGAAUAUGCCACAAUGUAUCGCAAAUAUACAUAUUCUUUCUAUUGGUGUAUGGUUGGGCUUGGAAUUGUAAACGAUCGAUACUUUCCGGAAACCAAUUGGCAAUUCGUAUUUUCAAUCUACUUACAUCUGUUGGGAAUGCUUUUUUUGGCAAUCUUUAUUGGUUUUAUUACCGUACUGUUAUUCGGAAAAACUUCUCCAAAGUUUGAGUUUGAAAAGAUAAUGCUGGACACAAGAGAAUAUAUGAAACAACGAAAACUUCCCAGGGAAUUGCAAACUAGAGUUCUACGUUUUUAUCAGUAUUCAUGGGUGAAUCAACAAUUUCCGCAUUUGGACGAGGGAAAUAUGCUACGAUAUCUUCCGGUGUCCGUUCGUCAGGAAAUAGAAUUACAUUCCAACCUAACAGCUUUGAAACAGAUUCCUAGUUUGGCGCGAUGCGAUUCUAACAUCCUUCGAGAUCUGGUGAUGAGGCUGAAGAGAUGCAUGUACUUACCUGGACAAUUUGUUUAUAAAUGUGGGGAGGUUGGCACUGAGAUGUAUAUUGUCGGCGAAGGGAUAUUACAAGUUGUCAGGGAAACGGAUCCUGUAAUAUAUUCACUCAGAGAAGGCGACGUUUUUGGAGAAAUUGAUUUAUUCAACGCGUCGACUAAAAGACGAACGGCCGACGUGGUUUCGUAUGGUUACUCCGAACUGUAUGUAUUGUCAAGCGAAGACGUGAUGGAAACCCUAAAAAAGUAUCCAAAAUUUAUGAACUUGGUGCAUCAGCAAGAAAAGCGCCAGAGAAGCAACAUGAAAGAAUACAGAGCAUAUGGAGGGAAAUAUCAAGCUUUAUCAACAGCAAGUAUUCGAAGCCAAGCUGAUUCAAAAAUUUCUGCAUCAAAAGUUCAUUUUCACAUGAACGGCGGUGUUCGUCGAUCAGCUUCUUUACCAGGGAGCAGUCCUGAUAGUGGAAUACCGUCAACUCCAAGCAUGGGACCUUCCUACACCAGUGAAUCGCCUUCGAAUUUGAAUCCACAACAAGAAACACUGAAAUCAGAACUGACAGAUAAGAUAACAUCGCUGUACCAGGACCACAUGAAAUCACUCAAGGCAUCCUUGGAUGGAGUUUGGUACCAAGAGAUAUCGUACCUGCACCAGAGGCUAGACGACACAGAACAAGAGCGAGACGUAAAAGCGCGGGAAAUUACUCAUCUUCGUCGCCAACUAACGAAAGGUAUUGCACAAGAUAUUGCUGUCAAAAAACAGGUGAAUGAACAAAUUGUGAUUCAGGAAGAAUCCACGCUCACAGAGUCAAUGCCUACGGAUAAUAACAAUUCUGUCGAACAAUCAGUAAAAGCAGGUACUCAAAAACAUGGUGAUGAUGCAAUGCGUGUUGUUGACGAAGAGAAAUCUACGUCGCCACAGAAAGUAAUUCGAUCUGUGAAAAGAAUGGCCAGCGCUUUCGAGGCAGGGGUUCAACCUUUUGGGUCUGUAUCGUCAGUUGAUGACAGCUGAAACUGAAAGCCAGAAACUGGAUACAUUUUGUUUCUUCUGCCUGCGAUGAAAACAGAUAUGCUUACGGCAGAAAGCAUAAAACAAUCAAUAAUAUUUUCAAAUUUUCAUAUAAUAUUGCAU